UGGGCAAUAGUCAUGAGUGCCCAGAGAAUAUUGAUGACGAAUAUGAUCUAGAGAAGCAGCAGUUUCCUGGUUCAUUCAAGAUAUGCGACUUAAACCUGAUAGAAUCUUCCGAUAUCCAUGACAAUACGGACAAUGAGCCAGUUCUUAUAUUCCCACCUGGUGUGCCUUCCCAAAGAGCAACAGCAAGGAUGGAUGCUGAUUUGUCGAUGAGUAAUGCAAGGAUGCCUAAUGAAUAUGUUAAGCAUGUCAGUAGCGGUAAGGAGAUAGAAGUAAUUGAUCUGGAGAUUGAUGAUUCCCCUCCAGAAGAUGAGGCUGUUGGAAGUUCACAGAAUAAUUUCUCAAGCUCUACAUCGGUAGCUGAAGGCAUUAACCCACUGCAGACUGAAAUGGGCCUUCAUGCAGAGAUCAGAAAGAGGGAGAAGAUGCAUGCUAGGCAUAGAAGUCCUGGAAAUGGUUACAAUAGGUCUGGUUCUAUGGGGUUGGGCUUUGGCGGGGGCUCAAGGAUGUCCCCAGAUGGUUCAGCUAGGGGUGGUGGUCAUGGGUUCUACAACUCUGAGUACAGAACCUUCCGCAAUCGAGGCUUUGCCCGUGGAGGUCAUCGUCAUGGUCCUGGGCAACAACAAAGAGCCUUUCAGCAACCACCCCAUUUGCCGCCUCGGAAAGGCGAUAUCUUGAUGGAGGCUGGUAGGCUUGCUGCUGAGUAUCUAGUCUCCAAAGGCAUGUUACCUCAGAAUGCACUUGCUGGGAAGUGGCAGAAUGGUACCUUGAAGAAAGUGGCUACUGAUUAUCUACAGCAAGAGCCCCCACCAGUGCAAGAAGGCCGGGUAUCCGUCCACUCAAGAUUAAGUACUGGUUCUUCUGAUGCAGGCUCAAGUGACAGAAGAGAUACCGAUGAGUAUGGUUCUCGGAAUAAGUUUAAAGGGCGGAGAAGAGGUGAUUAUUCCCGGAGUUAUAGUUCUGAGUGGGUGAGAGACUCUGGAAGGAGUAGUUCUGGGUCGGAGAGAAAUCGGGAGUCACCUGAAGGGGAGGGUCACUAUGAAGUGGAACAAGGAGGUAAGGGUACGGAUGAUAAAUCGCAUGUAUCAGUUCGUAAUAAUGCAUUGGGAGGAAAAGAGGAAGCAACUGAUGUUGACGAAUCUAGAUUCAAGAAAUACAAUUCUCCCCGUGAUAAUUCAGUUUCCAAGGCAAGCUCUUCUGGUGCUGAGAAAGAAGAGUCUGAUACUGAAGUUGUAAAGGGGUCUAAAGAUUCAACGGACUUGAAUAUCGCGAAUGAAGAGAUGGAGGAUUUGAACAAUGAUGAGAGCGAGAAGCAUACUGUUCCUGAGGAUAAUAUCUCAAGCAAGAAUGGAUCUGAUUUGUUAGCUUUCUGCAACCUUGUCAAGAUACCGACAAAAAUACGGUCUGCAUUGACCAGCAAGGUUCCCAAGGUUGAUCAGGCUUCUAGUAAUGGAGCAGACAUAUUGGAAACUGUACCGCCCAAAGGCUCAGAUCUCUUAGAUGAAGAUGUUGCCUUUGAUGAUCCCCUUCCAAGCGAGAUGAACGAUCCAAUGGAUUCCCAAGCUGAAUUAUCUCAACUGUUGCCGCUUCGGUGUGCUGAGGAGGAUAACAAAGUAAGUCCAGUAUAUGGAUCGGAGCAUGGCAAGUGCAUCAGGUCUCGGUCUUUUUCAGAUGGAGUUUUUGAUGUCGAUAGCGAGUUUGAAACGAGUAAUGAAGCAGUGAAGUUUGGAAGGUCUAGCUCGGUUAAGGAAAGAGGCGAGAAGCGUCCUGCAGAUGACAGUGAUACGAGUCAGCAACAGAAGAAACCUAGAGAGAAUCUUCUUCCCACCUUUGUUCCUAAUGCUGCCAAUAAAUUAGCAGAAAAUCUUGUGACUCCAAAAGAGGAAGUGGUAUCACUUGCUCAGCAGUCGUUGAUAACCGAAAGUAGUUUGGGCAAUAGUCAUGAGUGCCCAGAGAAUAUUGAUGACGAAUAUGAUCUAGAGAAGCAGCAGUUUCCUGGUUCAUUCAAGAUAUGCGACUUAAACCUGAUAGAAUCUUCCGAUAUCCAUGACAAUACGGACAAUGAGCCAGUUCUUAUAUUCCCACCUGGUGUGCCUUCCCAAAGAGCAACAGCAAGGAUGGAUGCUGAUUUGUCGAUGAGUAAUGCAAGGAUGCCUAAUGAAUAUGUUAAGCAUGUCAGUAGCGGUAAGGAGAUAGAAGUAAUUGAUCUGGAGAUUGAUGAUUCCCCUCCAGAAGAUGAGGCUGUUGGAAGUUCACAGAAUAAGAUGGAAGUUGAAUUUGGUGGCUCGGAAGGAUUUUCCGGCAAUGCACAAGCAUCUGGCCAUAUAAAUGAUGUUCAAGAUAAUUAUGAUGGCCUUACAAUCUAGGAGUUCCUUAGCAGUUUCUCAAGC